AUGAUCGGGGGAGUCUUCUUGCACUUUCUGUACUUCUGGAACAUCAGACGAGGAUACGAGUUCAUCAACCUGCGCAUCGAGGAUCUACUUCCUGCCCUAAAACCACUCACAACAAGGCAGGUACGGGAAAUUCAUCACCUGUGGGCAUUGCACGCCCAUCUUGAAAGGAUUUCGAUGAGGUUAAAAAGGAGUUGCGGUCUCCAACUGCUGGCCAUGCGACUCGACUACUUUUUGCACUGCAUCAUCCUUUGUUUCGUGGUCAUUGCUAUUCCACAAAGAGUGUCUCCUCCAAAUGCAGCAACCUACUUUCUGAGCUUCAUUUGCUGCGUUCGCAGUCUGGAAAUUUUCAUAAUCGAUUACCUUCUCGAAACUAUGAGUACUUAUCAUAGUAAACCCAUGGACGCAGUCAUCGAGGGUAGAAUGUCCAAGGAGCUUGGCGCAUUUAUCAUAUACGGAAGGAGUAUGGAGCUGAAUCUGAAGCUCUGCGGCAUGUAUCUGCCAAAUCGAACCAGCUUUCUCCACAUGGCCGAGGGCAUUCUGUGCCACUUUAUGCUCCUGGUGCAGUUUCUUUUGAUUUUCAGUAAUUAA